CGAAUACGGUAUCACCCCAAGACAGCACCCGAUUUGCCGUCGUCCUCUGAAGGGAAGACGCAGAAGAAAACAGCAAGACAUAAAAAAAAAAAGGAAGAAAAUAAAUAGCCCAUUCCGGAGAAGAAAAGAAGCGUGACAAAAAUGGCGACAAUCAACCUCGGGCGCACCCUAACCCGGACCGCAAUCACCCCGACGACCUCCCCCCUCCUGCGCCGCCUCCGGCUCCGCCGUGCCGCCCUCCCCCUCGGCUUCGGCCUCGGCCUCGGCCUCACCACCGGCCUGGUAGCGGUGCACCACCAGCGGCCGAUGCAGUUCGAUUCGCUCGCCGUCCCCGUGCCCUCUCAGACCCGGUCCUUGGCGAGUGGCCGCAGCCCCAGGCGGAAGGACCUGCUCGAUGCCGAGACGGUCAAGCAGCUCUCCAGUGGAAGCCUCUCUGGUUUCUUUGCUGGUCUGCUAGUGAGUGUCUUCUCCAAGACGCUGGUGCUGUUGGCGGGUAUCGGCAUGGUGCUUAUCCAGGUCGCGGCUCGCAACGGGAUAGACCUCGUGGCAACCCUCAAACUCAAGGAGCGCGCCAGCACGUCGCGCAUCCUGGCCAUGCUGAAUCAGCAUACGGCCUUCAAGCUGUCCUUUGCCGUCGCCUUCGCCCUUUCUGCCUUCAUGUCUUUCUAAAUAUUCCACCCCUCCACCCCCACCCCCCUACCGAAUAACUCUCUCAAUAGAAAAUAGAAUCAACCAAGCAUAGACGGGGAGAAACAAAUAGACUGCCCUCAU